GGGCAGGUAAGAACACAUCGAAACUGGUUCGUCGUUCUGUUCUUGAUUCGCUUCUGAAGUUGAAAUGCAUUAGUGAUUUUUUUUUUGUUUGUACGUUCUUAGUCUUGAAUCAAUUAUGUUUGUGCUGUUAUGCCAAAAGAAAGUUCAAUGCAAAAAGCGUUCUUGGUCGGGAAAAUACUUUAAACCGGGUGUGAUCGGGAAAAACCGUUCAGAAGCUUGAAAACCGUUGUGCAGUGUACAGCAUCCUUGCCAGGAUGGUGAAAUUGGGGACGGUUUUGGUGGUUUUAGUUCUUUUAGUUGUUUUUUCUAUUAGCUCCAGUCGGGCUGAUGAAUCAGAGAAAACGAAGCAUGAUCAUCAUCGCCAAGAAAAGGAAAAAAUAAGUCAUCAGCCGGAACAUGAGAAGAAAGUUGCAAGUGUUCAAAACGCGAAAGAAGACAGGAUAUUCGUGACGCGUAAGGAUAGUCAAGGGCCUAGCCAUCAAAAGCCAGCAAAACAACCAACGAAAACGAAAAACAAAGUCAAAGUUGACCGUCCGAAAAAACCAUCCGAACCCGUGCUUGCGGUUGUGGCAUCUCCGGCGGCUAAAGUGACCAAAAAACCGGAUAAACCUGCCGAGAAAGAAACCGUGGUCAAAUCUGAGUCGAAGGCUCCACGGCCACCGUUAUUUGCUUUGCUCAAUGAAAAUAAAUUAAAUGAGCAAGCAGCAUCUUCCGUCGGAAGUGGUUCAACAGACUCUCCAACGAGGGGAAGUCUAAGUUCUUCAACAGUAGCUAGUGAGAAUGAAGCUGCGGUUUCGGAUGAUCAAAGCACAGUGGCAUCUUCUUCAGAUCUUCCUACCGAAUCAACCACAGUAGAAACCAGUUCGGUCGAUCUCUCAUCAGUCAGUGGAAGCUCAACUUCCGAGAGCUCUCCUUCAGAUCAAAGCUCGAGUCCACCAGUAUUGCCUCAUUUUGAAAAUAUUUUGGCAAGUCUGCAACAGAUCCAAAGUCUUAGCAGUAAUCCUAACUUUACUGGUGGCAUUGCGCACGAAAGCGAACUUGAUAAAUUGCUAAAUGCAACUACGAAUGGAACUUCUGCAGCCGGAUCCAAUCCAUUUUCCUUCACAGUGCUUAGUGAGGAAGUCAAAAAUCAAAGCUUAAUUAUCCAAAACAUUUCAGUACCCGCUUACACGAGCCAGUUACAGUUACUUUUGCUUCAACAACCAUCUGUAAACGUUACCGGGCUUGAUUUAAGCACUGUUGCCAUUGAUGGUGAUUUUUCUACAGCGGCUUCUACGGCAUCCAGUACGUCUGAAGCAGACUCCUCUGCAAGUGUUACUACCGACACAUCAACAGAUAGUUCUACGGUUACGGAUCCUGAACCACAAGCCUCCACAACAGGAGAAGCUGACUCAGCAUCGAAUAGUGCUUCGGAGUCUACAACGCCCGGUGAAGUAACAGAGGCAUCGCAGUCGGUUAGCGAAGAAGAUUCAGUGCCAAGUAGCAUGCAAGAGACUUCCUCAUCUGCUACAGACACUUCUCCAGCAGAGUCUUCUACGGCUGCUGGUGAGAGUGAUUCGACGCCAAGUGAAGAAUCAAUGGCUUCAAGCUCUAGUAGUGGGGAUGAAUCGGAACCUACCACAGCUGUCUCUGAAUCGACUUCUCCUUCAGAAACAACCGAUUCCGCUAGUUCAACCGACGCACCAGUAGAACCAUCAACGGAGAUGUCGAAUGCAGAAUCUAGUGUAUCAUUUGCAGCACCAGUAGAACCAUCAACGGAGAGUUCGAAUGCAGAAUCUAGUGCAUCAUCUGCAGCACCAGUAGAACCAUCAACGGAGAUGUCGAAUGCAGAAUCUAGUGCAUCAUCUGCAGCACCAGUAGAACCUUCAACGGAGAGUUCGAAUGCAGAAUCUAGUGCAUCAUCUGCAGCACCAGUAGAACCAUCAACGGAGAUGUCGAAUGCAGAAUCUAGUGCAUCGUCUGCAGCACCAGUAGAACCUUCAACGGAGAGUUCGAAUGCAGAAUCUAGUGCAUCAUCUGCAGCACCAGUAGAACCAUCUACGGAUGGCGCUGGUGCAGAAUCGAAUACUUCAGCAGCACCAUCAACAGUGGGUUCGGAUGCAGAAUCUAGUGUAUCAUCUGAAGCACCUGCAGAAUCGUCAACGGAGAGUUCAGCUGGAGAUUCGAAUGCAGCAGCAGCACCAGUAGAACCAUCUACAAUGGGCUCCGAUACGGAAUCUAGUUCAACAUCUGCAGCACCAUCAACGGAGGGUUCGGAUUCAGAAUCCAGUGUAUCAACAGCAGCUCCAAUAGAACCAUCUACCGCUGGUUUAGAUGCAGAAUCUGCCUUCACUGGUGAUCUAUCAUCAAUCGGAUUCCAGCCGCCUUUCCUAGCUAAUUUCAGCUUGUUCCAAUUUUUAUCGGUGAAUGGUUCGUCAAAACCUAGUCAGCUCCAGCAGCUGUUGGCCAACUACACUCAAAAGGUUAAUCACACACGGACUCCGAUCUCGGAAGAAAACAAACCUAGUUUCCCCAGCUUAAUGAACCCACACCUUCCCUUGAUCUACCAAAAUAUUUCACAUAACAGCAGUCUGAUACAACUUUUAGCAGCUACCAAUAUGGGAAGUAUUAAAGGGCCUUUGGAUCAAAUUACCAAUACACUCACUGGUCUCACAGCUGGUUUUGGAGCUGGUAAUCCGUUCAGCGGAAGCACUAACUCUACUGGAGCGCCAGGAACGAAUCCAUUCGAAGUGCUGUCUGGAUUGUUUCAAGGAGGACUCAACAAUGCUAGCAACAUCGGAACCGGUUUAUUCGGUCAGCUUCCCUCUUUGAAUACCAACGGUAGUGCUCAAAAAAAUCCAUUAUUUGCCCCAUCACCCGGAUGGUUCAACAGACCUACACUAAUCUACAACUUCACAGCAGCAAAUACGUCAUUUGAAAAUCUUGCACUCAACUCAAGCUCGUUGAAUGAUCCUCUGAUUAUUUCGGCAUUCCCAGCGAAACCAGCUAGUCCGGUGGAUGGACUUAGUGGUGCAGGUCAAGCAGCUUUAUUGCAAAUUUUAGCCACCAUUCCAGCACCUGCUGAUUCAACCAACGCGGGCAAUGAAUCACCGAUUCCGGCAAUCCCAGCAAUUCCUGCUGUACCUGCGAUACAAGAAAUCCCAUCAACUUCAGGAGUCCUUAAUCCUCUCCAAGGAAAUUUCACUAACACUCCUUCUAGUCCUAUCAGUGGCCUACCUUGGUCAGGUCCUGGUGCUCUUCAACAAUUAGUUGCAAAACUUCCUGCACCUUCCAACGCGGGAAAUACAAUGAAAGAUCCUCCAAUACCAGCAAUCCCCGCAAUACCUGCGAUACCAGCGAUACCUGCUAUUCCAUCCAUACCAGAGGUGCCGAAUCUCCAGGGACUCACAGGAAAUCUCACCAACGCGUUCACCAAUCCACUGGGUGCCCUAACCGGUCCUGGACAAGCAGCCCUUCAGCAAAUCAUUGCAACCGCUCCCACAACUUCGAAUGCUACAAAUACGAUGAGUGAUCCUCCAAUACCUGCAAUUCCCGCAAUACCUGCAAUUCCGGCGAUUCCAGCAAUCCCGUCAAUUCCGGAGGUACCGAACCUUCAAGGACUCACAGGAAAUCUCACCAACGCGUUCACCAAUCCACUGGGUGCCCUAACCGGUUCUGGACAAGGUGCUCUUCAGCAACUCAUUGCAACCGUUCCCACAACUUCGAAUGCUACAAAUACAAUGAGUGAUCCCCCAAUACCAUCAAUACCUGCAAUACCUGAUCCUUCGUUGAAUGAUCCUCUGAUUAUUUCGGCAUUCCCAGCGAAACCAGCUAGUCCAGUGGAUGGACUUAGUGGUGCAGGUCAAGCAGCUUUAUUGGAAAUUUUAGCCACCAUUCCAGCACCUGCUGACUCAACCAACGCGGGCAAUGAAUCAUCGAUUCCGGCAAUCCCAACAAUUCCUGCUGUACCUGCUAUACAAGAAAUCCCAUCGACUUCAGGAGUCCUUAAUCCUCUCCAAGGAAUUGCAGGAAAUCUCACUAACACUCCUUCUAGUCCUAUCAGCGGCCUACCUUGGUCAGGUCCUGGUGCUCUCCAACAACUAGUUGCAAAACUUCCUGCACCUUCCAACGCGGGAAAUACAAUGAAAGAUCCUCCAAUACCAGCAAUCCCCGAAAUACCUGCGAUACCUGCGAUACCUGCUAUUCCAUCCAUCCCAGAGGUUCCGAACCUUCAAGGACUCACAGGAAAUCUCACCAGCGCGUUCACCAAUCCACUGGGUGCCCUAACCGGUCCUGGACAAGCUGCACUUCAACAAAUCAUUGCGACCGUUCCCACGACUUCGAAUACUACAAACACGAUGAGUGAUCCCCCAAUACCAGCAAUUCCCGCAAUACCUGCAAUUCCAGCGAUUCCAGCAAUCCCGUCAAUUCCGGAGGUACCGAACCUUCAAGGACUCACAGGAAAUCUCACCAACGCAUUUACCAAUCCACUGGGUGCCGUCACCGGUCCUGGACAAGCAGCCCUUCAACAGAUUAUCGGCGCAACUUCAGGAAACUCAACCUCCAGUAACGCUCCAAAUGAUCCCAUCCAAGGUUCAAUCCAACAACUUACCGGUGGUUUAACCUCUGCAUUUUCGAAUCCCUUGAACGCAACCGGUGUUCCUGGUUCACCGAUCGACGUCAUCUCCAAUGGCACCAGUGCGCUCCAACAAGUCUUCAACAACACGGCACCAAACAUUCCUGUUUUCGGACAGCUCCUGCCGGCUCCCUCCUUUUCACUUCCCCUGCCGUCGGACAGUUCUAAGGACGUUCUAUUCCUCAACACUCUCGAGUCGCACACCAAAGCCCUCCUUGAAAGCCUUCAAAAAGGCAACCAGCAUCCAGAAACAUCUUUACCAGUCGAAGAGAUUUCCAAGCUCAUCCAACAUCUGGGAUCGCGAUUCUCCGGUCCUCUCGCAUACCCUUCCCAUCUGUACGCACUGCUUCUCGCCAAUAACAUCACUCUUCCACCACCACCAACCGAAAACAACAAUAACAACAAUGACGCCAAAUUUGGACCACCCUUCCUGAAUGCCGCAGUUCUCAACUGGAACGCAGUGAAUCAGUUCCCCUUCCUCGCCAGUUUGUUUGGAUCAUCGCCAAGCGCUUCCAAAAAGCCUCUCAGCACUCGACCCGUUCUCGAGUGCCCGGCUUGCUCCGCCACCUGUGGAGUCGUCAACAAUGUUCGCCAGGAACGUAUCAUCGGGGGUGAAAUCGUGAACCCUCCCUCGAAGUAUCCCUGGAAUGUGCGAUUCACCUAUUUCGGUAGCGAUGCCGGCCAGGGAACGCUUAUCAACGAUCGAGCCAUCAUAACUACUGCAUCGACUAUCCUCAACAUGCCGCUGUACUCGCAGGCAGCUGCCGUCUUCAACGUGUUCGACCGGGCUUCGACAGUGGAGCAGCACUUUGUCAAGGGCAUCGCGAAGGUCGUCGCUCAUCCCGACUUCGAUCCGAAGAAACCCUUUGACAACAACAUCGGCAUAGUGGUACUGGAAGGGCCCGUUCCCUUUAGCGAUACGCUGCGACCUAUCUGUCUUCCAAUGGCCUUCGACUCGUACGGCGGAAGUCAAGGCGUGGUCGUUGGAUGGGGCUCCAAUACCGAGGAUGGUGAACCAUCCCAAGUACCGCAAGAGGUCCGCAUACCCCUGUACAGCGAGAAGGAGUGCAAGAUGGCUAAUUCAGACCUGACCAGUGGUAAUCUGUGUGGAGGCGUCGUAAAGCCUGCCCCGAACAGCGCCAUUAAAACGACCUGUGAGGGUGACGAUGGAGCGGCUCUGAUGAUACCAGCUCGCGAUAAUCCGAUGCUUCAGACGCUCAUCGGAGUGGCCAUUACGGUUCCCUACGAGGGUUGCGGCAACGUUAACCAGCCCGCCGUUUUCACGAACGUUCAGAACUUCAUCGAUUUCAUCAUCUACCAUGGAGUUGGGUGCGGUUGUUGAGAGAUCGCUGUUAGUUUAAACUGUAGAUUAGAGUUUUUUUUUCUGAAAAGCU